AUGGGAUUGAAGCAAAGACGGUAUGCCGUUUGUUUAAAUCCUUUAGUUUCCGCCAACAUGUUAUCCCGCCGCGCCCUUACUGUACUCGCCCUCGUCUCCGUCACUGCCGUCAUCUUCCUCAUCUCCUCGAGGAGACUCGGCGGUGACUGGGCCAUCGAGGGCCCCAACUACCACCCUUUCAAGGCCCACGGCCCGCCCCCUCCUCCGGGGAGCUCUCCCAGCGCCGGCCCUGCUGGCAGCGGGCGCCCUCAUCCGCCGCCGCCGACAAGCCACCAAGAUGACGGCCUCGCCCAGCACAACGUGUCGAACCAAGAUAUCCCCUAUCGUCCCCACGACCCCAUCUGCGACACCUUCCCCGACACGAGCAACAUCCUCGUUAUCAUGAAGACGGGCGCCACCGAAUCCUUCGACAAGGUGCCCACCCAGCUCAUGACUAUGCUCAAGUGCCUGCCCGAGUACUUCAUCUUCUCCGACCUCGACCAGACCAUCGCAAACUACCACAUCCGCGACAGCCUCGACGCCGUCCUUCCCGAGGCCAUGGAAGGAAACAAGGACUUUGACCUCUACCUUCGCCAAAAGGCAUGCCAGGCCGAUCAGCAGAGCUGCAACAAGCUGGCCGAGAGCAAGGAUGAGGGCUGGAAUCUCGACAAGUACAAGAACGUCCACAUCGCCGAGAAGACAUAUCGCAUGCGUCCCAACUAUGACUGGUACAUCUACAUUGAUGCCGAUACCUACGUUCUCUGGCCUACACUCGUCCAGUGGCUCAAGAACCUUAACCCCAAGAACAAGCACUACCUCGGCAGUGUCACCAUGAUCCGCAACUUCGUCUUCGGUCACGGCGGCAGUGGCUACAUCGUCUCGCAGGCCGCCAUGCAUGACAUGAUUGCCAAUCACCAGAACGUCGGCAACCAGUGGGACGUCCGCGCGAGCAAGGAGUGCUGCGGAGACUAUAUCUUUGCGCUGGCCAUGAAGGACAACGCUGACGUAAACGUUCACAAUGUGUGGCCGACAAUCAACGGCGAGAAACCCUUUACCCUUCCCUACGGCCCAACGCACUGGUGUCAUCCCAUUGUCACGAUGCAUCACAUGAAUGCUGAAGAGAUCUCGACAUUCUGGGAAUACGAACACAAGCGCUACGCCGACCCCAAUCUGCCACAGCCGCCUCCCGUUAUGCGCAUCAAGGACAUCUACAACGAGUUCUUCAAGCCGCGCAUGCAGCCCGAACGCGCCGACUGGGACAACCUUGCCGACGACCGAUUCUAUCUCGACGAAUCUGCCAACAAGCACGAAGACUGGCAACUUGGCCGCACCAAGACAGAAGACCUCACCGCCGAGGAGAAGGUCGCCCACCUCUCCUUCGGCCAAUGUCGCACGGCUUGCGAGGCUGACAGUGGCUGCUUCUCAUUCCAGUACAAGGACGGCCUCUGUAGCUUCGCUUGGUCGUGGAAACUCGGUCAUCCCGUCAAACGCCCAUCCAAGGAUGAGAAGCGCGUCAUGUCGGGCUGGGCCGUCAAAAAGAUCAAUGCCUGGAUCGAGAAGCAGGGCGAGUGCGGCCCCGUUAAGUGGCCCGAUGUUUGA